UUGUUUGGUCAACUCGGGGAAGAUGCGAAAAAGAAGACGGUCUUGGUCUACGGGCAUUUGGGUAGGUUCCUUACAAAUUUGGUGUCUAAAGGGAUUAUCGUCUGUAAUGUUCAACCGGCUGCAAAGGACGAUGGUUGGAGAACAGAGCCUUUCACACUCAUCGAGAAAGACGGGAAAUUGUUUGGACGAGGAGCUUCUGAUGAUAAAGGACCAGUCUUGUCUUGGUUGCAUGCCAUCGAAAUGCUUCAAAAGCAUAAGAUCGAUAUUCCUGUUAACGUAAAAUUCUGCUUCGAAGCAAUGGAAGAAAGUGGAUCAUUAGGUUUGGAAGAGCUCCUGACGAGAAACAAAGACAAGUUCCUUGCCGGAGUCGACUUUACAUGUAUAUCGGACAGUUACUGGCUAGGAACGACAAAACCAUGUCUCACACAUGGACUGAGAGGUAUUUGUUCGUUCAACGUGGAAGUGACCGGAAUACAGCAGGAUUUGCAUUCGGGAGUCUUCGGCGGUGUUGUGCAUGAACCAUUGGCAGAUCUGAUCUGGGUGAUGUCUCAAUUAACUACGGUGGACAACCGGAUCGCAAUCCCGGGAAUCUAUGACGAUGUUGCCCCUAUGUCAGAAGAAGAACACAAACUUUAUGAGACUAUCGACUUUAGCGUAAAAGAGUUCCGAGAAAGCGUUGGCGCAAAGAAGCUGCCAACUGAAGACAAGAAAACACUACUGAUAAGACGCUGGAGAGAGCCAUGUUUGUCCAUCCACGGUAUUGAAGGCGCAUUCUCAGGAACUGGUGAAAAAACAGUAAUCCCAUCGAAAGUUAUCGGCAAAUUUUCCAUCAGAAUCGUCCCUCAUAUGAAACCUGAAAAGGUUAACAAGAUGGUUAUUGACUAUUUGAAAGAGCUAUGGAAAAAGAGAGGAUCACCAAAUACGUUCACACCUACUCCUGGCCACGAUGCUCUUCCUUGGCUUGCUGAUACAAACGAUGCAAAUUUCAAGGCAGGUGCCAGGGCAAUGAAGAUUGUGCACGGCGUGGAUCCCGACUACAUUCGAGAAGGUUGCAGCAUUCCUAUUACGCUCACAUUCCAGGAGUUGACGGGUAAGAGUGUUCUUUUGCUACCACUCGGUGCCGCCGAUGAUAUGGCGCAUUCACAAAACGAGAAGAUGAAUAAGGUGAACUAUGUGCAAGGAGUGAAGACGCUAUUGACCUAUCUUCUUGAACUAGGAAAAGCUCAUUAA